GAUAUUCUCGUCUGGAGUUUUGUUCGGAACGGAGCGAUACUGUCGUUAUUUUGGUAUCGCUAGCGGUUUCAUGGUAAGGGGGCGGUCGAUUGUGGAAUGGGUGUUUUGUGUUACAGAAGCAGCCAUUUCGUCGGGAAAGAUAUCCGAAGUGAGCGUAUUUAGGGCGUUUUGAUUCGAUUUAGACUGUUUUUUCGGUGUUACGACAAGUUCUGAGCCGGAAAUCAAAAAUGAUGCAACAACAAUUGUAUCAACAGGAACAGCCCGGAACACAAGAUACAGCAGGACAUCAGAUGGUACUAUGCCCCGUACGGGUGGUUUAUGAGACUCCGAUGUUAGUUCAACAAGGAGAACAAAUGCAACAAAAUCAAACUAUAUUCAUCAACCCUCAAAAUCCACCACCAUGGAUACAAAACAGAGCAGUACAAAAUCAAGUAAUAUACGUCCAACAUAUGCCAACAAACUACGUACUACCGACACAACAACACAUUGAUCCAAAUCAACUAUAUAUACAAAACUAUAGUUACCAAAACAUGCCACAAAUGUUGAUUCAAAAUCCUCAGGAACAAAUUCGGCCAAUGCAGAUGACACCGUCACACGUAAGCCAAGGAACACAGCCCGCUAUUGGUCAAAAUGUACAAACUCAAAGAUUGGUACCAAAUAUAACUGCAAUGUCUAAUACCCUCAAUUUAGUAAAUACAGCACAGAAUCAAAAUAACCUUAUAAAUAGACAAAUUGUACAUAAUCAAAUGACAAAUAUAAAUGAAAUCGUCAGUAACGUUAAACAAGAAAAUUUAGGACAAAACAUUUACAGACAAGUCUCCCAAACUCUGCCACAGGACCCAAGGAAUCAGAUGCAACAGACUGUUACCAUAGUUCCGAAUAAUAUACAAAGACCGACGAAUAUGUAUGAGCAAAACAUUAGCCAAAUGCAGCAAAUACCACAACAAAAUGCCACAAACAUUCAAAAUUAUCAAAACGCCAUGAUUAAUGUACAAGAAGCAAGAAAAUUGCCGGCUACAAUUAAUAAAAAUGUUAAUUAUAAUGUUGUCCAUCCUAAUAUAUCCGUAAAGGGACCACAAUCAUUUAGACCAAUACAACCAAGAACUAAUCAAAUAAGAAACAGCGGACCACAAUUUAUCUCAGCUCAACCUACUACUAGUUUAAUUCAAUCGGCUAUGCCAAGUAUGGUAAACAAAAAUGUUCCUCGUAAAGUAACGUCCAAUAGCGCUAGUCAAAUGACAAAUACCAUUGCUAUAUCAAACAAUGGAAAAAUUGAAGGAAAUAGUAUAGUAUUCAACAGAAAAAGAAAAAGCGAAUCACCUGAUGAAAUACAUAAAAAGAUAUCGAUUAGUAAUAAUCCUGAGAAUCCAAUUAUCAUUAAGAAGAUUGAAAAUGUUACAAAUCCUGUAAUUUGUUCAGAUAUCGGUGUAAAUACGAGUCCAAUACACAAACCAGACGGUAGAAUAACUAUAAACAAUUUACAAAUAACACCAUUAAAUCCGAUAAACACUCAAAACGCAAAAAUAAAAGAAGAACUAGCCAAAAAACCCAUUAGUUAUCCAAAAGAACCACAGAAUGUCAUUAGAAAUAAUAUAGUCCCGAGUUCAGUUCCUAAUAGUGUACCAUCUGAAAAGGAUAAAUUGAUAAGAAACACUGUUUACACUCAAGCUCGAGGGAGAGUUCUGAAUGACAAACAAACAGUUGCUGAAACUAGCAAACCAGAAAUACCACCAAUCAACAUAAUUUCAAACUGUCCUGUUCCAACUAUAUCAACUGAAGUAUGUCAAAAACAACAAACAAAUACUAACGAGACUAGUGAAGAAAAACAUAAAUCUGACGAACCUAAUAACACAAGUAAUGCUGUUAUUAGUCCUAUUGUAGCUGAAAAGAAGUCCUUAAAUACCGAAGAGAGUAUAGAGAGAGUAGUUCCAAAUGUGAACUCUAAUGAAAAGUUAACGGACGAUGUUAAAUUAAAAGAAGAUAGAGAUUUUAUACUGACACACGUUUUAGACGGUUACGUGAUUCAAGAGUCAAAUAUAGCAUUUCCUAUAAGAAAACCAUUAAAAGAGAAACCAUUACCAAACAAUUCAGAUGAGACUGAACCGAAAGACUUGAAGGAGGUUAAAACAGAUGGAGGGGUUAAGAAUAAUAGCAAAAUAUUAAACAUAUCAUACUUGCAAAUAAAAGAUAUAGAAACUAUUCAGAACGAUACUGCGGAGGACAAAGAAAAUCCAUUUCAUACGCUACAACCAAGCGUCGUUAAGUCAUGGACGGCCGAAGAACUAGAAACUCAUUUGAGAAAGUAUGGAUGGAACGAAACAGUAUCAGUGUUGCAAGAACACGAAAUCGAUGGAGAGUCGUUACUAUUAGUAUCGAAAGGGCAACUCUUAACAAUAGGUGUUAAAGAUGAACACGCGGAAAUUAUUAGUCAUUUCGUUAAGAGUUAAUAUUAUUUGUCUAUAUUCAUGUAGUAAUUGUCUAUUCCAAUGGCAGGAGGUGUAACGGAUAUAAAAACAAAGGUGACCUUGAAUUGACAUGACAUCAUUAGUCGAGAUCUAAAUAGUCAGUUAUAUUAUGGAUUUGUCAAAAACUAGCUUUUUAAAUUUCGGCUAAGUUGUUAUUGGAACUUUGCAAGUAUAAUUGAAGUGGAUAUAAGUAUUGAAUUGUAUUAGUAUUGUUUUAUUAAAUGAGAAUUGAGCCCGAAUUCCACUAUCAAACUGGGAUUGGAGUAUAAUCGGGAUCGUAUCGUAACCGAUAUAAAUAAGUAGAAUUAAUCCUCAGUCACGAUUAAGCUGAUGAAGUGAGAAGCAUCAAUAGCGCAAAAUUACGGACUGGAUGUAAAAAGUCGCAGGAUAUUUCCGUGCUUAUGCUAUUGUCGCCUCGCUCCUAACACAAGUGAUAAGCUUAAAAGGAGGGGUAAAUAGGAAUACUAGCAAUUCCUUAAUUAAUAAAAGGACUUUGCUACUAUUUUUUAUCUUUUUUUGUGAUAAAUAGUCGAAGUUGGGUCGAAAUAGAAUCGGGAACGUAUGAUCACCGUUAUAAUUUAGUAGAAUCUGCCCCCAGUUAGUCCUACUACAGCAAAGCUAUUAGCCGCAUGAAAUAUGUCAAUCUAAGGUUUGUUUAUCUUAACUUCUGUAAUUGGAAUAUGGAAUAUAUAAAAGUGUUCAAAUGUCGGCCUCAGGUGAAGUGUUUUGCUAAGUUUUUGUUAGAAAAAUGGCGUCAAAAAUAAUACUUAAGAUUGGUUAAGUUCGUGAUAGUAUUUUAUUUAUAUAACAAUGUUACUGAGAACU